AUGUAUCUAUCUAUCUAUCUAUCUUUCUUUCUUUCUUUCUUUCUUUCUUUCUUUCUUUCUUUCUUUCUUUCUUUGUGUAGCCGUGAUGGAUACAUGGUAAUAUUAUCUAUCUAUCUAUCUAUCUAUCUAUCUAUCUAUCUAUCUAUCUUCUAUUUUUUUCUUCUUUCUUUUUUUUUUUCUUUCUUUCUUUCUUUCUUUUUUCUUUGUCUUUUCAAUAUUUCUUUUCUUUCUUUCUUUCUUUUCUUUCUUUUCUUUGUGGUAGGCGUGAUGGGUAUUAUGUACGUAUUAUGCAUGUAUGUAUGCAUGUAUGUAUGUAUGUAUGUAUCUAUCUAUCUAUCUUUUUCUUUCUUUCUUUCUUUUCUUUCUUUCUUUUCUUUCUUUCUUUCUUUUGUCUUCCCCUAUCAAUCAGACUUUCUUUCUUUCUUUUCUUUCUUUCUUUCUUUCUUUCUUUUCUUUUCUUUCUUUCUUUUAUCUUCCCUAUCAAUCAGACUUUCUUCUUUCUUUCUUUCUUUCUUUCUUUUCUUUCUUUCUUUCUUCCUUUGUGUAGGCGUGAUGGGUAAUGACUAUGUAUUCAUGUAUGUAUGCAUGUAUGUAUGUAUGUAUGUAUGUAUCUUUCUGUCUUUUUUUUUUCUUUCUUUCUUUCUUUCUUUCUUUUCUUUCUUUCUUUCUUUCUUUCUUUCUGUAGAGUACAUGGUAAUAUUAUCUAUCUAUCUAUCUAUCUAUCUAUCUAUCUAUCUUUUUUUUCUUUUCUUUCUUUCUUUCUUCUUUCUUUCUUUUUUCUUUCUUUCUUUCUUUGACUUUGUCUUCCCUAUCAAUCAACAAUUUUUCUUUCUUUUCUUUCUUUCUUUCUUUCUUUCUUUUUUUCUUUGUUUGGGUACAUUCAUAUUAUGUACUAUUUAUCGCCUUUUCUUAAUAUUGAACAAUUUUUCCUCUUUUUUCUUUUUUGCUUUUUUGUUUUUCUUUAUUUCUUUCUUUCUUUUUACAUCGCUUUUAUUUCUUAACACUGACCCACUUUCUCCUCGUUCUUUUUAUUAUCAACUUACUCUUUCCUUCUUUCUUUCCUUCUUUCUUUCUUUCUUUCUUUCUUUCUUUCUUUCUUUCUUUCUUUCUUUCUUUUUAAUGCAUGUCCUCUUUCUUUUCACACUUUGUAUGUCUUCUUUUCUCCUUUUGGUCUUUCUUUAUUUAUUUAUUUCUACGCUUUGCAUUUUUUUUUUUUUCUUUCUUUCUUUCAUUCAUUCAUUCAUUCAUUCGUUCUUUCUUUCUUUCUUUCAACCCAUUCUCUCUCUCUUUUUGGUUGUUUCUUUCUUUAUUUUAUUUCCCAUUUUGCUUUUUCUUUCUUUCUUUCUUUCUUUCUUUCUUUCUUUACGCUUUGCAAUUUAUUCUUUUUUCUUUCGACCCUUUUAUGUCUUUUUUCCCUUUCUUUUCUUUUCUUUACGCUUUUCUUUCUUAUUUUUUUUCUUUCUUUCUUUCUUUUUUUUUUUUUUUUUUUUUUUUCUUUAUUUCUUUUCUUUUUUUUUAUUUCUUUCUUUCUUUGUAUUUUUCUUUCUUACUUUUAUUUCUUUUGACACUUUUCUCCUUUUGAUCUCUCUUUCUUUCUUUCUUUCUUUCUUUCUUUCUUCGCUUUGUAUUUCUUUCAUUCUCUUUUUCUCUCUUUAUUUCUUUUUACGUCUUCUUUUUUCCUUUUGGUCUUUCUUUGUUACUUUCCGUCUUCCUUUAUUCGCUUUGUCACUCUUUCGUUCUUUCUUUCUUUCUUUCUUUGUUAAGUCUUUCUUUCAUGGAAUAGCACCAGGGCGAAAGACAGUUCCACAUAUUGGCAGUCUGAUCGGAACCAUGUAG